AUGGAGAGCCAAUUGCAACAAGAUCUGUGGAAAGUCGCCCGGGGGCCAUGGGAGUCCGGCGUUCUUCCCAGCGCAGAGAACCUAGCGCGAGCAAGAGCUUCUCUCCCAACAGCACUCCCGGACACGGGCUCCAGCCUUGAGACUGUCCAACAACACAUCCUCGAUGAGAUUGUACCUGCUUUCAACGGAGGCAGCAUCAGUGCCAACUAUUAUGGCUUCAUCACCGGCGGAACUACGCCGGCAGCACUAUUUGCCGACAAUGUUGUCUCUGCUUACGACCAAAACGUUCAGGUGCAUCUCCCUAAUCACUCAAUUGUCACAGAUGUCGAGUACAAUGCGCUUGGUCUGCUGUUAGACCUUUUCCGUUUGGAUCGCUCUGCUUGGCACAAUGGAACGUUCACUACGGGUGCUACGGGGAGUAACAUCCUUGGCUUAGCCUGUGGACGCGAAUUUGUUUUGCAGAAAGCAGCGCAGAGGAAGGGCAUUGAAAAUCAAAGUGUCGGAGAAUAUGGUUUAUUUGAGGUUCUGAAUUCACUGGGUCUUCGUGGUAUUCAGGUGCUGUCGACUCUUCCGCACUCUUCACUAGUGAAGGCUGCCGGUAUAUUGGGCAUUGGCCGUUCCAAUGUGCACAUCUGCCGGUCUGAUGAUCCCCUUCGCUUUGACAUGGAGAAACUUAAGAAAGAGCUUUCGAGAACAGACAAAGUGAGCAUUGUCGCUAUUUCCUGCGGAGAGGUCAAUACUGGCCGGUUUGCGACAAGUGGAGAGGACUUAAAACAGAUUCGCCAGCUCUGUGACAAGUACGGGGCAUGGAUUCAUGCAGAUGGUGCAUUCGGUAUCUUUGCCCGAGUCCUGGAUGACAGUCCUGAAUUUGCAACCAUCAAAAAGGGCAGCGAAGGAUUAGAACUGGUCGACUCAAUUACUGGUGACGGCCACAAGCUUCUCAACGUUCCCUAUGAUUGUGGUUUUUUCUUCUCUCGGCAUCCACAUGUGGCAUCGCAAGUCUUUCAAAAUGCAAACGCCGCCUACUUAGCAGCUGGCAACUCCGAUGGCCCUUCUAUUCCUUCGCCAUUGAACAUUGGGCUGGAAAACUCUCGUCGUUUCAGGGCCUUGCCCGUCUAUGCCUCGCUCUUGUCAUAUGGCAAAUCUGGUUAUCAAGAAAUGCUUGGUCGUCAGAUUGCGCUCGCAAGAAAGAUCUAUGGCUGGGUCUUUGACCAUCCUGGAUAUACAGCUUUGCCGAAAGCAUCCUUAAAGGCUGAAUUGCUCGAUCAGACAUUCAUGUCUGUUUUACUCCGAGCCAACGAUGAAGAGCUGAACCGCAAUCUGGCACAGAAGAUCAACGAUAGCUCUCGCAUGUUUGUCUCGGGUACCAGCUGGGAUGGCGCCCCUGCUUGCCGUAUUGCAAUCUCAAAUUGGCGAGUUGACGUGGAGCGAGACUUUGCUCUAGUGUCUGAAGUGUUGGCCAAGGUCGCUCAGGUAUAG